AUGAAGUGCCACGGCUGUUUUAAAUCUAUGAAAGACAUAAAUAAAAUAAAAUGCUCUGCACCAACAUGCGAAAAACACUUCUGCUGCUUAUGCAUUAAUUUAUCAGGACUUAGUAGUGAAAACAGAGGAAACUGGAAGUGUCCUGAUUGUUGUGCGUCUCAGAGAAAAGGAGGUGACAAUAGUUCAACGCCUAUUAGAUCCACGAAUGAGAAUAUAACCCUGCGGAAAAAGUCCGACACAGUAUGCGACGCCGCUGCUACUACCACAGAGGUAAAAGAACUGACCAGUGAAGUUCGUCUUCUAACGCAAGAGAUUUGUUCGCUAAAAAAGCAGCUUGAGAGCGCUAUUUCAUCGUUGUCCAGCUGCGAGAAAAGGCUGGAUGAGUUAGGAUCUGCGAUCGCCACUAAUGAUAGCCGUAUAAAGCAGCUCGAAGACCGGAAACUCGAAACAGAUAUAUUAAAGGCCACCGUAAAAGACCUGCGACUAGAACUGAAUGCGCAGAAUCAAAACCACCUGCGAAAUGAACUGGAACUGUCAGGCGUACCAGAAACUUCCAACGAAAAUAUCCACCAUAUUGCACUCUUGGCCGCCCGAAAAUUGGGUGUGGAGCUUGAUGAUCGUGACAUUGACUGGGUGUCACGGGUUGGCCCGCGCGGUAAGCCAACUACUGCUACGGACGGCAAAACGAAAUUCUCUAGACCAGUGGUUGUGCGUCUUUUACGUAGGGCUAAGCGUGAUGAAAUCAUUAAAGCUGCAAAAACGAGACGAAACAUUACUAGCGCUGACAUCGAAAUACCUGGAGAGUCUCACAAAAUAUAUUACAACGAGCGGUUGACAAAACCCAAUCGUGAACUUUUUCGUGAAGCUCGCAAGAAAACCAAAGAGUUGGGUUUCUCGCACUGUUGGUGUUCCCAAGGGACUAUCUUCAUCAGGCAAUACGAAGGCAAACCAGCUCGUUCGGUCCGAAAUCAGGAUGACCUCGCUGAUAUUUUUUCAAUUUCUAGAACCAAAUCUUGA